AGCGGCUCUGAGCAUUUUCUUUGUUUUACGUGAUCAGAAGGAAAGCAGCGCGGCACAAACAGCUGAACAAACCUGCAGGAUGGCACCGGUGCACGGGACCUGCAGCAGGAACGUGGAGCGGUCAGACGGUGAGCUCAGCAGGAACUCUAGGAGGAAGAGGCGGAGGAGGAGGAGGAGGGGUAAAGGCAAAGGAUGGAGAGACGUAGUAUCAACUCUCACUAAACCUUUUAAAAUCUGUGAUACUGUUGCAACAUCAGCUGAGGGUGAUAAAAAAACAAGUAAAACCAGAUUAGAGGUAAAAGAGAACAUGAAAAUCUUAAAGGGGAGUGACUUUUCAAGGAAAUACCAGCCAGCAACACUUUCUACUGCUUCCCCUAAACUUAACCACAUGUUGUUACAAAGAAAUCAGCCGUUUCUGGAGGGAAAAAGUAAUUUGUGCUUCCAAAAACUGUCAUGCUGUAAAAGAUCGUCCUGGACAGUGUCUACGAAGAAUGCCCUGGUGCAGCUCAAUGAGUUACGACCUGGUUUGCAGUAUGAGAUUGUAUCUAAAAGUGGUCCCCUGCAUGCUCCGGUGUUUUCUGUGGGUGUGGAGGUUAAUGGUUUCCACUUUGAGGGUCGAGGACCUACAAAAAAGCAGGCAAAGAUGAAAGCUGCAGAGCUGGCUCUCCAGUCGUUUAUCCAGUUCCCGAACACCUCCCUGGCUCAAACCGUCAUGGGGAACUUGGAUUCUACGGCAGACGCUUUCCUUACAGAGUUUGAACCAUCGCUGCUUGAUAACUGCAAUUUCUUGCACCGCAGCAAAGCAAAGGUGGACGUCUUCCCCAACGUCAGCAAGAACAGAAAAACCAAUCCGUUCAUUGUGGACCUAAUAUCCUCGUCAAGUCCGAAAAGACACUCUGUGGAUUUGAAGCACCUUAAUCCAGUGGCAGUGCUCAACGAGCUGCAACCGGGACUCAGAUACAUGUGUCAGGUGGAAAGAGUCCCUUGUACGCCUGUGAGGAACUUUAUUAUGGUGGUCAGACUGGAAGGGAAGGUCUUUGAAGGCUGUGGUUACAGUAAAAGACAGGCCAAGGCCCGGGCAGCUGCAGCAGUACUGCAGUUUCUUCACAACAUAAAUCUGGGACCAGAAAAGAAACUAAUGGCCUUCCAAGGAACCAGAACCAAAAGUCAUCUACCUCAAUUCUUUGCAGAGUCAAUCUACCGCCUGGUGAGAGAGAAAUACUCCCAGCUAACCGACGGUGAAUCCUCUUCCUCUCACGGUCGUCACAAGGUACUGGCCGGCAUCGUCAUGACCCGAGGGUUUGACCUCAUAUCAGCCCAGGUUGUGUCUCUGGCCACAGGGACAAAGUGUUUGGACUCCGACAGACCGGAUGAAGAUGGCUGUACACUCAGAGACUGCCAUGCUGAAGUUCUCAGCAGGCGGGCGCUGCUUGGAUUCUUCUACGCUCAGCUGGAGCUGCUGCUUUGUGAGCGAGCAGAGCGGGCGGAGCAAUCGAUAUUUGUAGCAGACAAAGUCUCCAGCCACCGUUUCCGACUGCGGGAGGGGGUCCGUUUCCACAUGUACGUCAGCCUGUCGCCGUGUGGAGAUGCUCGACUCAACUGUCCCUACGAAACAAGGCCUGCAGAUUGCAGCAGGAGGUUUCACUACCACAUCAGAGUGAAGGUGAACGGUGGUGAGGGGACUCUGCCUGUCAUCUCUCAGAGAAUCCAUCACAAAUUGGACAGCGGUUCAUUGGGUCAACCUGUCUGCACAGCCAGCAUGUCCUGCACAGAUAAAAUUGCCAAGUGGAGUGUGGUUGGCCUCCAGGGGGCGCUCCUUUCUUACCUGGUGGAGCCCAUUUACCUGCACAGCCUGACAGUUGGAAGACUGAGCCACACGGGUCACCUGGGCAGAGCCAUAAACCGCCGUCUAGCCCCCGUCAGGCACCUGCCCUCCGUCUACAGACGACAGCAGCUGCUCCUGGGAUGUCUGAGCAGCUGGGACGUUCACCCAGCUGGAAAAACGAGUAAUGUUAGUGUGAACUGGAGCUACGGUGAAGGAGGUCUGGAGGAGGUCAGCACAACUACAGGAAGGAGGACGGAGUCAGGGAGUCCGUCACGAAUCUGCAGGAGCUCCUUGUUCAGCUGGUGGCUGAAGCUGGAGGACAAGCUUAACAAACCUGUUUUUGGCCCUGAUGGCACCGCAGUGACUUAUGCUGCUUCCAAGGAGGCUGCUGGUUGCUACCAGAGGGCGGUGCAGCGGUUCAGAAAUGCUCUGCAGGGUGCAGGUCUUGGAAUGUGGCCCACAGACAAAAAGUCACUUAGUGUUAGCGUGUGAAAAACUCUGCAACAAAGUCUGAAUACAGUGAUAAAUAAUUUACUGUUUAAUUUCUAUUUUAUAUCAGCGCAAAGAUGGAGAGACAACUUUAUGUUUGUCAUGAUGUGAGAAGACUGAUUUAGACAGACAAGUAAGGAUCAUGUUUCAAUCUGCAAGCCGUUAUUAGAGGAAUGAAGUCGUGGGAAAGGCCUGACUUACCUGCUGGGAAUGUAACUUUGAUCUGGGUGCAGUUUUGGCAAGCUGAGCAAAUUAUCUGGAAGGCACAGUUGAUCUGAAUGUUGUCCAUCUUCUGAUUCAACCUCUCCUGUAUGAACAAUCUGUGGAUUUGGUCGCUGACAGUGGUAGAAACAGUGGCGCUAAUCCACAAACAAACAAUUUUAGUGCAAAUUUUUUGUCCAUAUCAUUAUAGUUCAGGUUUAGAAAGUGUGAACCGGUUAGCGUCCACUUUAUUGGGUUUUGAUACUAGCAAGUACGAUAACGUUAGAGAUUUUAAUCCGCCCUUUACAUCACUGCCCUCGCUUCUCCACACAACAGUAGCAGUCAUGGCUCCACAAAAACACAUUGUUAUGAAGUGUCUUAAUUGUACUAUGUGGUCUUAAUUUUGUCAGAUCCCAUUGCUCAAAAAUAGAGAACCUUUAAAUUAGUGCAACCAAGCUUUCUGGGUCAGUUACUGGCACCAGAGCUGAGUCCAUCUCGGUGGGACUCUCAUUUUUUAAUUUAUACUGUUUAGAAGGUAGAGAAGAGACAAUACAACUGGUUGCUUCUUUCUCUCGCAAAAACUGGCAACACUGGCAUCCAGUCCACACUCACAUAUUCUUCUCAAAUGUUUCUGCUGCUGAAAACAGCUUUUCUCUCAAACAUGCGGUGCUGCAUGCGCCGUGUGUGUGUGCAUAUAGCACCUUUUGUCUGAAGAAGUGUGACAGCCUGAGUGACAACAGUUGGUUAUCAGUUAGCAGCUAGUGUUAGCUUUCUCAAAUUUCCUUAUUUAUCAUCUAUUUAACAGAAGUAAAGCUAAUAUUUUCGUUUGGGGAAUAUGAGUUUGUGAAACUGUUUCGUUAGCUGUGCCCACCACUGGUUGCUGGGCAAAAAGAAGUAACACCGUGGUGUGGUUGAUUUUUGCAUAGUGACUGCUAGGAGCAAUUGUUUCCAGGGUGUGCCCUGCUUCUCGCCCAUUGACCGAUGGUAACACGCACCUGCCCUCAUCCAACCCUACAUGGAUCAGCGGGUAAAUCCAAUAGAUAGAUCUGGACCUACAGUAGUUGGCUAGAUGUCAACUGAUCACUGACCUGACUGCAACGACACCUUGACGACAGUCAGUAAAAAAAGAGAAGCUGAAAGCUGACUGUUAAAAGAAAAACAACUUUAUUUGUGGUUUAAUGACAUUUUGAUAAUAGAGGUUUAACGUAAGGUGACCAGUCCACCUUUUGGAUGACCUGUAAUGUCCCCGAUUUCAGUUUUUCAUGACGAAGGGAAAAAGUUGCAUGCAGCAAGAGCUAUUUACCUGGUCACGUCUCUGACCCAACAUGGUAGAAGAGUUGUUUUUGAUGUGCAUUUUUACAUUUGAAAAAAGUUGAUGGAAUUCGAAAUAACUUCCUCAAUCUUACAAAAGAGUUUUUACACCCGCUUGAGGUGGUUCAUAGCUUUUCCGAAAAACAACUUUUCUGAAUAAGUUCUGACAUUGUGACAAUUUACCUCAUAUGACUGAUGAGCUGUUUCUGCUGUCUUCCUGGACAUUCCCAAAACCCGCAUAGAAUUGCUUUUAUUUCUCUACAUCUCUGGACAGCAUGCAACAUUGCCAUUACCUGCUGACAUGACAGAGCAACUUCAACUUGGCUGAUGGCAACAGAUUCAUGAAAAUCUCUCUCCAUUUUUCUCAGAUGUGUGGUCACUCCCGUUUGCAACAUCUAUCUCCUGUUUAUCAUGCAUAAUGUUAACUUUUAACAAAACUACGCUUCACGUAGCCUGGUAACUUCACUCCAGACCAGUACAUAGAAACAUUUUUGCAUUAUUGCACUUCACAGCCGUGAGAAAAAUAAAUAUUGGAAAUCUGAUUGAUACAUAAUUACAGUUAUGUGUGCCACACUCCACGAUGAAUUCUCUUUAAGCCAGCGCUGGAGGGUAAGGAGAGACACUGAAAGUCCCCUGCAAAUAAAGUGUCCUAAUUGUUACAUGGUAAUUUGGUAAAUUAUUCUUUAAAAUAUUAUUUCCCCAAAUAAUGUUUUUUCUAACUCUUUGAGUUGCAUUGUGAAUGAGCUGAACACGUGCCAAUUGUUUUUCUAAAUUAGUUAAAGUAAUUUGACUUAACUUUUCUUAGCAAUAUUAUUUAAGUUUCACUAGUAAAGAAGAGUUGUUGUUUGACAUAUGUUUGCCUUAAAGUUGAAUUAUUUCUGUCAUUAAAUUCU